UGCUUCUACUUUCUUGAAUCAAUAAUAGCCAUAUUCUCUUUCCUUUUUCAUAUACAAAUUACUUAAUAUAUGCAGAUUUUUAUUUUUUAUAUUUAAUGUGAUGUAAGCUGUCUUUAACUCAAGAAAGAGAGAGAAAAAGAAAAAAAGAAGAGAAAAACUCACAGGCAUCUUCUUGAUUUCUUUAAUGGUAGAAAACAAGGACACUCUCUGCUAAUUCUUCUUUUGACAUCACAAGAAAUAUUUUUUUUAAGCUCUUCCAAAUACUACUAGGAGAAGUGGGUAGCUGUGUUCUUGAAUUUCUUAAAAGGUUCUUUCUUUAGUUGCUUUUUGCUUCUAUGAGUUGGUGCUGUAUAUAAGAUUUUUUGUGUGAUUAUUUUGAUGGGACUGUAAAUGGGGUCUCUUGAAAAUGGGAUUUCUCUAAAGAAAGAUCAAAGCUUGCUUCGUUCUGCAUCAGCAACUAGUGGGAGGAAUAAUGCAUUUGGUCAAAGAGCAGUCAGAUCGAGAUUUGCAAGAUUCUUGUUUGUUAACAAGAUCAAUUAUUUGCAAUGGAUUUGUACUGUGGCUGUAUUCUUCUUCUUUGUUGUUCUAUUCCAGAUGCUGUUGCCUGGUUCUUUAAUGGAAAAAUCAGGGAAUCUGAGUUCUCAAGAUAGUGAAGUAGUGGAUUUAGCUCUCUUGAAAGAGUUGGGGGCUUUGGAUUUUGGGGAAGAUAUUAAGUUUGAGCCUUUGAAGCUUUUAGCUAAAUUUCGUGAUGAAGCUGUGGAGGCCAAUGGGACUGUUGCUUCAAGGACUGUACUGAGAUUUGGUUAUAGAAAACCUAAGCUGGCUUUGGUAUUUGCUAAUUUGUUGGUUGAUCCAUAUCAAAUAAUGAUGGCUAAUGUUGCAGCUGCAUUACACGAGAUUGGCUAUGAAAUUGAGGUGCUCUCGCUUGAAGAUGGUCCAGUGAGAUCCAUUUGGAAAGAUGUAGGAGUUCCAGUCAUCAUCACGAACACCAAUGGGGAUACAAAGAUCUCUGUAGAUUGGUUAAACUAUGAUGGCCUACUGGUGAACUCUCUUGAAGCUGUCAACGUCUUGUCUUGGUAAGCAUUAUAUCUUCCUUAACUGUCCUGUUCGUUAAUACUUUUGU